AAGUUUGUGUGCGCCCUCGUGAAGGGGGUCUUCCUCUGGGGUCCCAGUGCAUGGGGUCAGCUGCCUGAGAGGGUGUAUUACAAGGUCGUGAAUAAGAAGCUACUUGUUUCAAGCGCCCCCGCCCCCCCGCCGCCGCCCCCGAUUCUGAGCUUGGGGAGGGACGCUGCUCUGCUGUGAGGCCCGCCAGACCGAGACCGAGACCGAGACUGAGACCGAGACCGGCCGGCCGCCGCGGCACCGAGCGCAGCUGGGCUGGGGCGGGGGUGCCCGCGCUUACACAACCACCCCAGAAGCUCUCUGGGCCUCAUUGAAAUUCGGGAAGCGGUUCUCCCCGCCCCGGCUGCAGGGCGUCUCUGCUGGGCUUUGUUCCUCUCUGAAUAGCUGCGCCUGGAAGCCCAAAGCCGGCUGACUCGGAGCCACCCGGACGCCGGUGCUCGGGCCGAAGCCCCCGAGACUCGUUUCAGAGUGGUCCCAGAUGAACGAUUAUUUCAUUGCUGGUGCGUAAGUGGCAGCUGAGGGGACCCCAGAGCCACAGGUGUUGCUGUCCUGUGGCCUCUGAUGCCAGUGUCUAUAGCCCGAGCGCCAUGACGCGGGAUGAGCAGUGCGGGGAGGAGCUCAGCUAUGACCGGAUGCCCACCCUAGAGCGGGGCAGGCCCGAGGCCGGGAGCUAUGCCCCUGAUGCCAAGCCCAGCGACAUUCAGCUGACCACGAGGCUGCCCCCGUGCCUCAGCCACAAGACGUGGGUCCUCUCCGUGUUGAUGGGGAGCUGUCUGCUUGUGACUUCAGGGUUUUCGCUCUAUUUGGGAAACGUGUUUCCCUCGGAAAUGGAUUACUUACGCUGUGCCGCAGGGUCGUGCCUUCCCUCAGCAAUCGUGAGCUUUGCUAUUUCACGGAGAAACAUCAGUGCGAUCCCUAACUUUCAGAUCCUGUUUGUGUCCACGUUCGCCAUCACCACUGCCUGCUUGAUCUGGUUUGGAUGCAAACUGGUGGUGAACCCCUCAGCAAUAGACAUAAAUUUUAAUCUGAUUCUGCUCCUUCUGUUGGAGCUCUUCAUGGCGGCCAUGGUGAUCAUCUCAGCACGGUCGAGCGAGGUGCAUUGUAAGCAGAAGGGUCCCAUGCCGGAUAGCUCCAACGUUCUGUAUGAAGUGGCAUUUCCCGCCCGGGUCCUGAAGUCCUAUUCAGUCAUCGAGGUGAUUGCCGGCGUCUCUGCCGUCCUGGGUGGGGUCAUCGCUCUGAAUGUGGAUGACGCUGUCUCGGGGCCGCACCUCUCAGUGACGUUCUUUUGGAUCUUAGUGGCCUGUUUUCCGAGUGCCAUUGCCAGUCACGUCACAGCUGAGUGUCCCAGCAAGUGCCUGGUGGAGGUGCUGAUUGCCAUCUGCAGCCUCACAUCCCCGCUGCUGUUCACGGCCUCUGGGUACCUGUCAUUCAGCAUCAUGAGAAUCCUGGAGCUCUUCAGAGAUUACCCGCCGGCCAUCGAGUCCUAUGACGUGCUGCCUCUGCUGCUCAUGCUGGAGCUGCUGCUGCAGGCAGGCCUCAACACGGGCACCGUCAUCCAGUGUGUGCGCUUCAAGCUGGGUGCGUCCUGGGAUGCUGCGCAGACCGGCCGGCAGGAGCGCCCAGCAGGGGAGGUGUCCAGAAGCCCCCUGAAGGAGUUCGACAAGGAGAAAGCGUGGAGGGCCGUCGUGGUGCAGAUGGCCCAGUGAGCACGGGGCAGGGAGACCGAGGCAGAAGCAGGGCCCUGCCUGGCUACCACCGUCUAACCAGGCCAGGCUGCAAGGUGGCGUUUUCAUAGAGUAGUUUAAUUCUGCUUAUCAGUCUGUCGGUUCCUGGCUCUCGAGGCACCACCUCGUGAGCAGUGGGGCCUGCAGGUGAGGCCGGGCUCGUGCGGAACCAGACCCUCUCGGGCUGAUAUGUAGGCCAGCCCCCUUCUGCUCCUCCGGCCCCUGGCCGGCUUUCCUGGUCUGUUCCCUUUGAGCAGACAGCAUACACGCUGUGCACAGCCCCACACGGGUCUUACAGGGUUUCUCUUCUGAGAUGCGCCUGGACCAGAGCCCAGCCUGCCAGCACUGUUUCUGACAAGAGAGCACAGCUGUGUGUUCCUGUCGUGUCCCCGCAGCCAGGGGGCCCUUUGUCCCCAGGGCUGUAGGCACACGGCAGCCCCACACCCACAGCUGUCCCUCUGUGAAGCCCGCGUGCCCAAAUGUCGGCCCUUCCAUACCUGACCCGGUCAUUCCAGAAGGACCCCGCCUGCUCCCUGAUGCUGGUGCCUGCCAUGCAGAGACCGCGUCAGCAGUGGUGGUCUGCACUUGCACCAGGGGCUUUCUACACUAGGCAUGACCCUAGCCACUGCCACAGCUCAGUGUUCUUUGUGGUGGGGCCAUGUCCAAGGCUUGGAAAAGUUGGGCUCCAUUUCCCGGUCUCAUUGGCCUUGGUGAUGCGGGUGCGGUGGGUCCCUCCCUCCUGUCAUGGGUUCUGCCUCCACUCCCAUCACCAUGCUCAAGAUACCAGACAGAUGCCCCAGGAACCCGCACAGGGUCGUCUCCAUGCAGGCUCCAGCCCAGUCCAUUUCCUAACCUCACUCACCUGAGGUCAGGCCCAGGCCGGGGGUCUCCUCCAUCUGUCACUGCCCCCUGCCCAACAGCAGAGACAGGGUGGGUGUGAGAAUAACAUCUGCUUCAGUUAAAGUCAUGGCCCAAAAUUAGUUUGCAUGCCAUCUCCUCGUCCCUGAGUAUACCCGAAUUUCUGGAAGCACAGUUAGCUUUUCCCAACUGAUAUGGGCACUCGUAAAUCCCCAGUGAGGUGGGAGCACCUUCUGAGAAUGUGCCGGGAACUGUCUUGGGGCUGUGCUUUCAUCCACAAGGCUACCCACCUUUCCUCCCUGUAGAAGGAGCAGGCAGCACUCUGCUCUGCGGAAAGGUGCCGACGUUUGCUCUUUGCUGAGUUGAGGUAGCUCAUCGGUGAGGGUUGUUUGGGGCUGGCCUGGUGUAGACCUAGGGGGUGGAUUCCAGGAUCCUCCCUGGUUUCUCACGUCCAAGCACAAGUGACUGGCUGCCCGUAUUCACGAGCACUGACGAGCUGGGUCAUUUUGAAACAGGAGGAAAAGCAGGUGAGACACAGGAGAGGGGGACUGUCCUCCGAAUGGCAGUGAUAGCCUGCGCGCGCGCACGCACGGGCCGGCCGCGGUCCAGGUCCCCCCGUCCUGCGACCUCUGCGCUGGGAGGCCCGGGGCAUCUGCUCAGCAGCCUGGGACGGGAGCCAGAGAAGCAGCACAGGCCGUGCUGGUGGUGUCCUGGGGACAGAAAGUCUGAGUCUUAGAGACGGAAUUAGAUGCCUAGGGGCUUAGCACUGGCUUGUACUUUAUUUCAGAGAGCUUGAGAAACCCAGGCAAGUGGGGUUUUAGACAUUUAUACUUCUGUCCAUUUUCAUUUUCGUCUGAUGUUGUUUAGUAUCUCCUGAGCAAUAAACGCUAACAUGGAA